GGGUAAUAUCACGAUACGAUUAUUAAGUAAUAACUACGUAACAUACGUUUGUUACAAUAUCUUCCAAGAAUCAUCGAACUUUCAUAAAUGUAAUCAAAUUCUUCGAGAAGGAAGAAGUUGACGUUGUCCCCUUGACAAAUGGCAGGAAAAAAGAAAAAAGGAAAGGGAAAGGGAAAGAAGAUUACUGAAUAUGAGCUUCGUAAAAAUUUAAGGGCACAAGCGCGUCAGAGAGAUUUUGAAGACAUGGAAGAUAAACUGAAGAUUGGAAAAGAUCCUGCGGAGUAUGCCAAAGAGAUUAGAUUCGGCGGAGUUGAGGGCGGUGGUUCUCAUUCCACUUUGAUACUUAUGGAUGGUGUAGGGACACCGCUAACAGAAGUUGAAGGACCGGAAACUAACCACUGGGCUCUGGGGAUUGACGAAACUGCAGCUAGAAUCGCCGCAAUGGUCCAGAGAGGCAAAGAGAAUAUAGGUAUGCCCGAAUCGGUGCCUUUGGAUGCCUUAGGGCUCUGUCUUAGUGGAUGCGAGGAGGAGGAAUCGAAUCGUAUUCUUGCUAACGCGAUGCGAGAACAUUAUCCUAAUACAGCAAAAGACUAUUUUAUUGCAUCAGACACGGUGGGUGCUCUGAAGACUGCCUUUGAUAACGGCGGAGUCGUUCUGAUCGCUGGCACCGGCAGUAACGCUUCGAUGAUCACCAACGACGGGAAAACUAUCACCUGUGGAGGCUGGGGAUACAUGCUAGGGGAUGAGGGCAGUGCUUACUGGAUAGCUCAUCGAGCCUGCAAAUACGUCUUCGACGAUAUCGAUGGUCUAUUUCCCGCUCCAAAACCGAUUAGCUACAUAUGGCCGGCUCUUAGGACUUUCUUCAAAGUGGCGAGUAGGGAAGAAAUACUGCCCCAUUGGUACGCUAAUUUUAAUAAAACAAAACUCGCAAACUUUACCAUGGAAGUUGUUACUGGCUGCAAAAAAGAAGACCUGCUUAGUCUACAUCUGAUGAAGGAAGCCGGGGAAAUACUUGCUGAACAUGUAGUGGCUUUAGCAAAAAAGGCUCCGAGGGCACUAAAAUUAGCCAACGGUGGUCUGAAGAUAAUCUGCGUUGGUUCUGUAUGGAAAUCGUGGAUAUAUAUCAAAGAUAGUUUCCUCAAUAAAAUUCAUGAUUCGAAUGCUCUAGAUGAGCUUAGUUUGUACCAUUUGACAGUCUCUGCAGCCAUUGGCGCCUGCUAUUCAGCUGCCGAAAAAAUCAACUGGGCAUUCCCGAAACCAUACAACAAGAAUUCGGAAAUAUUUUACCAUUAUAGACGGGAGAACUAUGUGAAACCUGUAGAGAAAAUCAAAUCGCAGCCGGUACUAGUGCCUUGCAAUACCGCAAGUGGAAAUUGAAUCGUCGGAUAUUGAAGAAUAAAGUAUGAAUAUCAAGGUCGAUCCUGAAAAAACUGGUUCAUACUUUUACAUUGUAAAAUUUUCACUCUUUUAUAAAUUAUAAAAAUGAUAAACUUUGUACCUAUACGAAAUAUAAAUAUAGAAUAUAUUCUUGUAUCUUGAA